GGAAGGCUAAGGCUGCAGCAGUGGCAAGCGUGCCGGACGCAGCUGUGCCGCUGCUCGACAACAGUGAAGGCAAUGCAUGCGCAGACCACCUGAUGAAGGUGCAUGAGGCACUGCAGCUCAUCCGGGACCACCCGAUCUUUGCAGGGAUCGACAGCGCCGCGCCCCUGUCCAUCGCGCAGGGCGGGAAGCAGUCGCCGUUCUGCUUGAGCGAUGCCGUUCAGGCUCUGAAGGCCCAGGGCGACACCUAUGAGGCUGCGGGCAACUUCAUGUGGCAGGACCACAUUUGGCUCGCCAACCACAGAGUGCCAAUGAAUGCAGGCCAGAUCCGCGCGAUCCAAGCUUUCCAUCUUGAUCCGCUGAAACCGCCUCGCAGCUGGCCUUACGAGCUCGUACUGGCGGUUGACAAAGCAGAUCGCGGAUGUCUGGACCCGCCACACGGGCUACAGCGGCUGAGUCCGGCCGAGCCCUGCCACGCCCUGCUGUUUUCUGUGCAGACAGCAAUUCAGCAAAAAGCAGGCGACACCACCUUAAAGGCUUGGAGGAACGUGCUUCUCACAGUCUCCACGACUUUCGAGUUGCAGCCUCUGGGUGAGGAGCGAUUUUGGCGUGCCCAAAACAUCCGUGAACACCAAGUGCAAAAAGGCCUGGUGGUGCAAGUGUCGCUGCGGCAGAGAGUUUUCGAUGUGAUUGGCUUUGCGACGGCCAACAACAUCUGGACGGCCAGCCAGGUCGCCAAAGCCUAUGAAAAGGUGAAACUGGCGGACAAUGCCGAGCCCAUCAGCGCAUCAUUUGUCGACAGUGUCCUGACAGUGAACCGUAGGAUACUGUCAGUGGAGGCCUGCCGCAAGCUUUGGGAGUGGUGCGACCAGCACUUCCUCACCAAGAACCCUUUCAAGUCCAUUUGGACUUUGCAAGGUCUGAUCGACCGAGCGAAGGGCCCGGCCGAGAUCACCUUUGCGAUGCAGGGCCUCAUCGACGGCUACCGGAAGGGAUUCGUCGACGUCGGUAUGUUUGCCGCCUCGAAGAUCAAAGACCCGCGGACGAGCCCCUUGGACUUUGGUGCAGAGUGGAAAGAGAAGUUGCGUGGCGCCUUCAGGUCCUUCGAGUCUGCACGGGCAAAAUAUGCCCCGUACCCGGUCCAGGGCAAAAGUGGUGAGGCUGAUACGGCCUGGCUUGUCGGCUGCCCGGAGUCAGUAAGGCAAACGGCAGAGAUGCUGGAGGACUGCCUUUACAGUGACACCUUUGACGGUCGCUAUCGUGAUGCUGUGAAAAGCAAGCAUGAAAUUGGAGACUUUUUUGCAUACGCCAGCGUCAAAAAGCGACUUGAUGACGUCCAAGCCUUGCUUCGCCAAGAAUCUGGGCCAGAGACGAAGAGCAACCCGGCCUCCACCACUGCGACCGGGGCCGGUGCAGCCGGCAGCACUUCAGCCGCUGCUUCGGCUGCUUCGGCCGGCAGUGCUUCGGCUGCUUCGGCCGCUGUCGAGAAGCUUUCUGCUGAUGAGCAGGAGGAGUGGCGGCAGCACAUUCUCAAGAUUUUGAAGUCGCAAGUCCGCCUGGUUCCAGCAGAAAACAAAACUGUCUCAGAACUUGAGCAGUCUCUGAAGGACUGCCCCUUCGCCCUCCUGCGCGGUGACCCGACAGGUUUGGUUUUAAUCCACUUCGACGUGAAGAAGUACGGCGAGUCGACGACUCGCCCAGACCUUCGCACCCCGACGCUUCGCACUGCCUGGUACAACAAGCUUGUCAGGGCCACCCUGUCUGCCCGACGUGUUUCGCAAGACUCUCCGGCCACGCUCUCUGCUGGGGAGGUGGCUGUCGUGCUGGACGGCGGCAAGCGCGGUUUGCGAAGCAAGCUUCUUGCGCCUUGGAAGGAGGGCACCAACAAGGAGAAGGCUCAAAAGUCUAAGGAUGGCCCUGGCGGCGGGGGGGAAGAGGACGACGACGAAGACGAGGAGAUGGAAGACGAGACCAGCGACAA